AUGGCGUGGCAUAGAAUAGUGGUUUUUUUGCUCAUCUUGACGAGUAUAACAGACGCAGAGGAUGGCGUGUACUUUAAUGAUGAAACCGAGAGGAGGUGGAAUACACCACCGGAAUUAACGCCAGAGGCAGCCUCACCGAAGAAUGAAAAUUCAUCCCAAGGAAGAUUUCUACCAUUCUCGGCGAGUUUCUCCCUGAGUGCUGGCGGGAGUAAUGCUCAUUCCUUGAGUGUCGGUAGUACCAAGGAUGGUAUCAGUCUAUCCCAGAGCCAGAGUAGCAGUUCAGGGGACUUCGGUCAUGUUGGCUCCGGAAUAUCUGCCAGUCAAUCCAGCUCUUUCUCUGCAGGACUCUCGGGAAUAUCUGCCUCGGAUGCAAAUGCGUUCAAUUUAAAUCAUCCGGUAUUCGGAGGACAUUCUCAGGCUGAGAGUAAUUCCUUUGCACUAGGUCAAGCGAAUGCUGGGGCUCAUGGAAAUGUUGUCAAUAAUCAGGCGAACAGUGGGGCUCAUUCGAGUGUAGGUAACGCUUACUCCUCAGCAACAUCUGGGACAUCUUCAGUGGUGGGAAAUGGGGUUGAGUUUGGUGCUGAUGGAGCGAAACGUCGCCAGACUAAUCGAGGUGAAAAACCCUCUUGGACGAAUAUUGGCCCCAACUAUGAUAUAGGAGGUCUGUAUACUCCCUCGACUAAUGAUCCAGUCGUCAAGAUCAACGCUCGCCCUAAAAAUCCUCCCCCGCUGCGGCUUCACGUGAGCGUCAGUGAUGACAGAUUCACCUCGCAGCAUCCAUCGCUCCUGAUAACCGAACAUCACCCACCCACUCGUCAUUAUCGACCCUUUCGAGCUCCAAGACCCCAAGUGAAGUUUCCCAGCAGACGGGAUCAAUGGAUACAGGAUCCAUUAACGGGCCCAAGUCCGCAAGAGUGGUCCCAACAACAUGAGUUCAAUCCUUCACUCCAAAUAUCCGCCGUUUCUGCUUCAUCCUCAGCCGCUUCCAGUUCAUCGGACGGGUUUUCUUUUAGUCAGUCAUCGUCUCAGAGUCAGGUAGGAUCCGCUAGAGAACCCUCUUCAUGGUCUACAAACUAUGCGGAGAGCUCAGGAAAUGCUCACAGUCAUGCUCAAGGUGCAGCGGCAGCUGUUGAUCAGAAUUCUAGAGGGCAGACUCAAGGCAGCUUCAGCUCUGGCGCAAUUUCUGCAUCAUCAGUCGGUAAUGGGUAUUCUCAAGGUACCUCGCUCACUGCCAAUCGAGGACAGGACUCUAGGGGACAGGUUCAUAGCACAUCAGUGGGAACAGCAAGUGCUCAUGGAACAGCUAAUACUGGUCUUGUCUCGUUCGUUAAAUUUCCUACUGGUGAGCGGCAGAAUAUUCCUAGGGAGUUUAUACGAAACGGCCUGGGAAGUUCCAAGAAUCAGUCGAGGACAAACAUGAAGAAUAGCAGAAGACAUCCUAUCGAUCAGUUCUUCACAGACGUUACUGAUACAGUUUCUAGUAUUUUCGAUAUUUAAAUAUCAAUUUUUUAUAGGUAAUUAGCCAUGAAGAUGACGGACGCGAUGAAUUUAUCUAAAUCAGUCCAGUGAUCAGAGAUAUAAAUGAUUAUUUGUACGAGUUGCUAAUUACAAAUGUACAUUUUCUCAGUUCCAUGGAGUGCUUGUUCGUUUGAUUCAAAGUAUCAUCUGCACAGAACUCUCAUUAAAACAAUAGAUUAUUACAAUAAUGUUAGAAACAUAUUGGUAUGAAAUAUGCGAGCUUUCUUUGGAGAUGUAAUACGGAAAAAGCAGUAAAAGAAUGACCGCGUAACUCAUGUAAUUUUAGGGUCGCGUGUAUACUUCAUUAAUUUGCUAGAAAGGGAGACAUAUAAAGAAUGGCUGUUCGUGGCUAGGAUUUUUAUUUAAUUGAAGCUCAUACACUUUCCAUAUCAACAUCAGUAGUCAAAUGCUAAGCCGAGAUAAGAUAGUUUGACUGUUAACAACUUUUCCGCCUUUGAUUCUGGGCAGAUGGUCCGAUGGCUACUCGAUGGCUAGUCCAUUGGAUAUCGACUUGAGCAGUUGGUCAAUGGUUGGUCGGUCGUCAUGCAAUGGCAAAGUGAUGAUCGAUCGUGGUAUGGUGAGAUGCUGGUCGAUAGGCAGUCGAUCGUUCGUUGAACGCAGUCAAUAAUCGACGGCUAUUCGAUUACUAGUCGAUUCAUUGAACAGAGAUCGGCUAGUGCUUGAUUGAGUGAACAACUCCAUCCCACUAUUGAGUGAUUCGAUUUCGUACCUGUUUGUGAUAUGGUAUUCUGAAUAAAGGGAUACGAAAUUAGCAUUGCAAACCACCUCGUCGAACUAUCUCAGGGGUUAAUAGAGUUGGCUGAAAUCGUUAGCAUCUGGCCGUUUCCCUGAAGUACAGAAGAUUUAUUUAUUCUGCCGUUUGUAGAUGUAAUUAUCUGAGCGAGGACUUCGAUCAUGUUCUCUGGGACUAUGAACCGCGCAGAGAUUCCAUCGGCCAAGGCUUUUUUCCCGAAAAUUCCGUAAUUUUCGGCUAAAGCGAUUGUGAAAAUUACGAUACUGUCACGUAAAAUUUCUCAGUAGCUUCCGUAAUCGGUGAGCGAACAGGGAGUUCCUUAAUUUUUACGGAAUAUUACUGGCUGUGUAGAUAACAUGGCAAAUGAUGGUCUGCCAAAGUCAGCGUGGGGGAGGGUAAGAUGAAAUGGCUAAUCUUCUGAUACCCUGCACAUAGAUCAUCAAUAAAAAAACGGCUGUUUGAAGAAGCUUUAAAAAAAUCUGAAUUUUUUAAGCUCACUUUUAUGAUGGAAUCCAAAAUGUCUACUCAUGAGAAAAAGCGUGGUAGAAAAUUCGGUUUCCAUUGAACGGGUACUUUAAACGAUCCGUGUUAUCAAGCGUUUCUUUAAAAAGCCACUUCAAGUGACAGUGAUAUGGGUAUAAUCCAAGCGCAAUUGCUUUUCCCUUUAGAAAAUUGAAGAACCAACAAUUGGACAAUGGAAUUCAUAAGAAAAGACAAUUUCGUUGAACGAUAUUUCCCAUCGUAAAGAUGAUGAUUCGAUUAACCAAUAAUAUGCAAAUAUAUUUCCAUCAAUAAUGAAAAAUUCGAUGCAACCGUUUGCCAAGUUUUUCAUUUUUCGUUGAUUACCAGUCUCCCUACACUAGACGCUACAUAACUGUUCUUCGAUUAACUUUUGCCAUUUCAGGGAAUUCCAAGUUUCUACAUUCGCACGCCUCGAGUCCUGGAAGUUUUCCUUAAACUUUACCCUUCAGCGUGUCACGUACUCACUUAUCCCCAUCUUAAUACACUAAAUCCAAAGAACAACCUCU